AUGGACGUGUCCACGAUUGCCAUGAGUACAACAACAACAGUCCCUACCUACCUAAACUUUUCCGUCUACCCAUGCAUGCAUAUAUAUACUGUCGAUCCGAGAGACACGCCCCGUCGUACUCAUCCUCCUCCGUGCCACCCGUCGUCCUCGCCGCCGCCGCUGCUUGAAGAAGCAUCAUCAUCGAUCAUGGCCGGCGAACCCAGCAGAGCAUGCGACAUCUACAGAACACGGGACGUACAGGGCUUCCACUUCCGGGUGAGCCACUCGGCUACCAAGAAUCUCGCCGCCGGCGAGUGUGUCGAGAAGGUGCUCGCGUUAGUCAACGGAUUCAGGGUCACCGCAAGAUGCUGGCCUCACUGCUGGGAAGGCAUCAUCAAGCUCUCCGUCGUCAUCACCAGCAUGCUGAGCCAGCAGAGGCUUCAAGCUCCCAAGGUUGCCGCGGCGAGCAUAGACCUUCGCAACAGGGACGGCCGGCCGGUUCGCACGGGCAGACAGCAGCCUGAAACCGUCGUCGCCGGAGACGAUUGUUUCGGAGGCGUCGCCUUUUACGCCAGCAGAGACGAGGUCGAGAAAGAUUGUCUUGUGGACGACCACUUCACCGCGAUCUGCACGGUGACCAUCCUAAGAGACUGGCCGCCAUUGGACCUCCCCGUCCCUUACAAUCUAGGCAGCGUCAUAUUCAGCAUGCCGGAUCUCAGCGAUGUGUCGUUCCAGGUAGGAGGGCACACUCUGAAAGCGCACCGCCUUGUCCUCGCCGCUUGCUCGCCGGUGUUCAGGGCGAUGCUGUUCGGCGAGAUGGUCGAGAGCAGGGCGAGCAGCAUCGCCAUCGAGGACGACACGAGGCCCAACACCUUUGGAUGCAUGCUCUACUACAUGUACCACAAUGUGCUGCCGCCGCCGCCGGCAGCUGCGGCAGCCGGGACGAUGAUGGGUGAUGAUGAUAAUGCUGCUGAAAUGAUGGAGUUUCAGCAUCUGUUUGUAGCUGCCGAUAAGUAUGGACUGGACAAGCUGAAGGAGACGUGCGAGGAGAUGAUGUUCGCCGGCAUCAAGACGUCCACGGUGCUGUCGAUCAUGGAGUUUGCGGAGGAGUGUGCACGCCCUAAACUGAAGGCCAAGUGCCUUGAUUUCCUUGCGGUUCCUGGGAACUUCCAAGAGGUGGCUGCAACGCAGGAGUACCUUGAUCUGAUGACCAAGCUCCCGUCUUUGCUAGCCCAAGUACGGGACAGGUGCAGGAGACCACGACUAGUGGUGUGA